AUGAAGUUCAGCAAGUAUCUGACGCAACGUGUGAUGUUUGUGUCCCUUUUAGCGAUAGUGUGGGUACUAUGUGCACUGAUAGGAAUCCAUGUGUCGUACAUGAACAAGUUGAAACCUUACUCAGAAUUUACUUAUCCAACAGAAACUGAUUUCAUUUCGUUGUAUCAAGACUUUAAAAAAUAUGGGGGAUUACCCAAGGGAGUAGAAGAAAUUAAUCCACAUCCAUUCAAUUACAUGCAUUUAAAGGAGAAAUGUGAAUUCAAGUCAGAAAAAGACUAUUCCUUAUUAAUUUUGGUAAAAUCUGCAGUGAGUAUUUAUCAAUUACGUGAUGGUAUUCGAGCGAUAUGGGGGAAGACAAGAGGAGACAACAUCGUUAUAGUGUAUGUAUUAGGUUAUAGACCUGAACAUCAACUUAAAAUUGACGAGGAAGCAUCUCUUCAUGGAGAUAUUAUACAAGAGUCUUUCACUGAUGCUUACAGCAACAAUGCAUAUAAAACUAUUAUGGGAUUCAGUUGGGCUGUCAAAUAUUGCCAUAAAGCCAGCCACAUCAUGUUUGUAGAUGAUGACCACUAUCUAGUGCUUUCAAAUAUCAUGAUAUACAUCAGGGCCAUGUGCAAGUCUAAUAAUGCUAAUUUGAUGGUGGGAUAUGCAUAUUUCCAUCAAAUGCCACACAUGUACAAACUAUCAAAAUGGUACGUGACGAUAGAAGAGUAUCCAUUUGACAAAUAUCCUCCUUACCUCACCGCUGGAGCUUAUAUAGUGUCUCAGGAAGUAGCCAAUAAAUUGGUCUUCGCUUUCCCAUAUGUCAAAUAUUUUUGGAUUGAUGAUAUUUACCUCAGUAUAGUAAGUCAUAAAUUAGGAAUGAUUCCGCAACAUGAACCUCGAUUUUAUCAACCGUCUUUUUUAUUAUACACCGACCCAAAACAUAUGGUGUACCAUGAUUUUAAAACUAAGGAAGCAUUUCUAAACGUUGAGAAAAUUCUACGUGGUUUCCCCAACGAAUCAUCUGUCUCAAAAAUGUGUAAAUAUUAUUUGAAAUGUCUAGCAUCGGUAUUAUUGUGA